GAGAUGGGGGGCGGUGGCGGCCACAGCAGAGGCUCCAGGAGGUGACCGCCUGGUUUCCAUUAGGAAGCCCUGGUCGGCAGUUCGGGCAAGACAGCUGAACUGGGGCUGGCUAUGCGGCUGAGCCUGCUGCUGCUGCUCCUGCUGCUGCUGGGCCCCCCAACUACCCCCGGCAUGGAGGACCCUGCUUUCCCCCACAUGGGGGAGAGCUCGCAGCCCCCGCCCCGGGCCUGCCCCCUGCGCUGCUCCUGCCCCCGGGCUGACACCGUGGACUGCGAUGGCCUGGACCUGUGGCUAUUCCCCCACAACAUCACCAGGGAGGCUCAGCACCUCUCCCUGCAGAACAACCAGCUGCAGGAGCUCCCCUACAAUGAGCUGUCCCGCCUCAGUGGUCUUCGAACCCUCAAUCUGCACAACAAUCUCAUCUCCUCUGAGGGCCUGCCUGACGAGGCCUUUGAGUCCCUCACCCAGCUGCAGCAUUUCUACGUGGCCCACAACAAGCUCUCGGUGGCCCCCCAGUUUCUGCCUCGUUCCCUCCGAGUAGCGGAUCUGGCUGCCAACCAAGUGACGGAGAUCUUCCCACUCACCUUUGGGGAGAAGCCGGCGCUCAGGUCCGUGUACCUCCACAACAACCACCUGAGCAACGCCGGCCUGCCCCCCGAUGCCUUCCACGGCUCUAAGGCUGUCACCACCCUUAGCCUCUCCAACAACCGGCUCAGCUACCUGCCGCCCAGCCUGCCACCCUCUCUGGAGCGGCUCCACCUGCAGAACAACCUCAUCUCCAAGGUACCCCGAGGAGCCCUGAGCCGCCAGACCCACCUCCGUGAGCUCUACCUCCAACAUAACCAGCUGACAGACAGUGGCCUGGAUGCCACCACCUUCAGCAAACUGCACCGCCUCGAGUACCUGGACCUGUCCCACAAUCAGCUGGCCGCGGCUGCCGGCCUGCCGCGAACCCUGACCGUGCUGCACCUGGGCCGGAACCGCAUCCAGCAGGUGGAGGCAGCCCGGCUUCGUGGGGCACGGGGACUGCGCUACCUGCUGCUUCAGCACAACCGGCUGGGGGCAGCGGGGCUGCCGGCAGGGGCGCUGCGGCCUCUGCGGGGCCUGCACACGCUGCAUGUCUAUGGGAACAGGCUGGAGCGUGUGCCCCUGGCGCUGCCCCGCCGCCUGCGGUCCCUGGUGCUGCCCCACAAUCGUGUGGCCGCACUGGGUGCCCGAGACUUGGCAGCCACACCACGCCUGGCCGAGCUCAACCUGGCUUACAACCAUCUGGUCAGUGCCCGCGUGCACCAUCGGGCCUUCCGCCGGCUGCGUGCCCUACGCAGCCUCGACCUGGCCGGCAACCAGCUGACUCGGGUGCCCUCUGGUCUACCCACUGGCCUGCACACCCUGCGGCUGCAGCGCAACCAGUUGCGGGCCCUAGAGCCCGAGCCGCUGGCCGGCCUGGACCAGCUGCGAGAGCUCAGCCUGGCACAUAACCGACUCCGAGUGGGCGACAUUGAGCCUGGCACCUGGCAUGAGCUGCAGGCCCUCCAGGUGCUGGACCUCAGCCACAACCAGCUGUCCUUCGUGCCUCCCGACCUGCCCGAGGCCCUUGAGGAGCUGCACCUGCAGAGUAACCGCAUCAGCCACGUGGGCCCCGAAGCCUUCCUCAGCACACCCAGCCUGCGCGCCCUCUUCCUCAGGGCCAACAGGCUUCACAUGACCAGCAUUGCGCCUGAGGCCUUCCUGGGCCUCCCACACCUGUGCGUGGUGGACACGACGGGUAACCCUGAGCAGGUCCUGAUCCAGCUGCCAUCCACGGCACCACGGCAGCCACGGGCAGGGUGCCCCUGACCUAAGGGGUUCUGCCGGGCUGUGGACUAAGGAGACAGUGCCCACCUGGGGCCUCAACCCAUCUCUCCCAGGCCUCCGGGCUAAGCCCACCUGACCAGUGCUGGCUAGGAAGCUGGGGCACCUCACACGGAGGGAGGGACCGAGCCAUGCAGCUCACACAUCAGGUGACCCUGCUGGCCAGGUCCCGCACAGAUGGAGACAGUAACAAUAAAGCCUAAUUCUUUCAAGCA